AUGAUCGGAUCGAUUGUUCUCGCUCUGAUUCUGUUCUGUCAAUCGAUCAACCACGGGGGAUGCCUCCAGGCGAGCGACCCUCGCGUAAACAGCACAAGCGGCGAAAUCUCACAGCGCAGGCUGAAAAGGAGUCUCACUUUUCCCAAUCCAUCCACGCUCCUGCUAAUUUUUGGUCUGGGCACUCCGCUACAGCUGGAUCGCGAGAGCAUAAUCGUGGGUGUGUUUGCAAAAAUGCAGUAUACUUUGCCAACCAACGCUACAGAUUUCACGGAGCCGGGAGUGUAUUACACGAGAGCCGGCAGUAGAAGCAGGUGGAGCUUUUACAAGAUGUUCGAAAAGAUGAUGGCCAUAUAUGGCUUUGGCGGCAAAGAGUGUUUACUGAGAGCCAUUUGCGAGGUCGCUUACGUUCCAUUUGACGUCCAUCAUGGUUUGCUGGGACAGUUGGUGCAGACUUUCCUCAGGUAA